GAAGAUGCUGCCCCUCCUGUCCUUGUUGGCCAGUGUCCUACUCUCCAGGGUUGAAGGAGGAGAGAUCUAUGGGGGCAAAGAGGCAAAACCACACUCCCGGCCCUACAUGGCACUUGUACGUUUCUAUGGUAACAGAGAAGGUCAUUGUGGGGGUUUCCUGGUACAAGACAACUUCGUGUUGACAGCAGCUCACUGCGAAGGAAGGAAAAUCAGUGUCACGCUGGGAGCUCACAACAUCAGGAAGAGCGAAAUCACCACGCAGGACAUCCCUGUGCUCAAACCCUUCCCGCAUCAGGACUAUGAUCCUGAGACACGUGUCAAUGACAUCAUGCUGUUGAAGCUGGCAUUCAAGGCCGAUCUCACCAAGGCUGUGAAGCCCAUUGCCCUGCCGCGUCCUCGGGACUUUGUAAAGCCAGGGCAGGUGUGCAGCGUGGCGGGCUGGGGAGAAAUGGCUGGCGGCAAAUCUCCAGACACACUUCAAGAGGUGGAUCUAAAAGUGCAGGCAGAGAAGAAGUGCAAGGAUCUCUUCCCAAAUUACUACAACAACUCCAUCCAGCUGUGUGUGGGAAAACCUAAGUCCAAGAAGGCCACUGGUAGUGGGGACUCUGGGGGCCCGUUCGUGUGUAAAGGUGUGGCCCAGGGUAUCGUCAGCUAUGCUUACAAACGUCCUGACGUCCUUCCCCGGGUCUUCACCAGGAUCUCCAGCUUCAUGCCCUGGAUCCACAGAACAAUGAAACUCUCGCAGGAUAACUAGACCACUGCCACCUGUUCGUGGUCUCCAUCUGAACUUAUGUGGGUGUGACUGACUCUUAAUAAACACCAUUGCCUAG